UGUUGGUUAAGACAUAGUGAACAUGAACUGAAUGUUUUAGGAUGCGCUUCUUUUUUUUUCUUUUCAGUAGAGACUGGUUGUGCUUGAUGAAGCAGGACGCAAACACUCUGGCUUCGCUUUGAUUCAUUUCAGUCUGCUACAACAACAAUUUCUGAGGACAGGAUUUUUUAAGGUCUUAUAUUUUGUAGGAAACCUUUCUAACAAUGGAUCUCUACAUAAAAAAUUACGGGAUUUUAAGAUGGCUAUUCUGCACCAAGCUGAGGUUUCGAACGAUUAUUGUCCUCCUUUUUCUGAGCCACAAUGUCGGCUGUCAAAUACGCUACUCAGUCCCAGAGGAAAUGAAGAAAGGAUCUAACAUCGGUAAUGUCGCGCUGGACCUCGGAAUAGAUACGCAGAGGCUCCGUUCUGGUCGGGCCCGCAUCGUGACGGGAGAAAACAUCCAGUACACCGAGYUGAAGGYAGACAAAGGGAUUUUAGUGGUGAAGGAGAGAAUCGACCGGGAGCAGCUUUGUGGAGAAGUGACGCCUUGUAGCUUCAGUUUUGAUUUGAUUUUAGAAAGCCCCAUGGAGCUUCAUCACAUCACGGUGGAGGUUUUGGACAUUAAUGAUAAUUCGCCGUCUUUCCAUCAGCACGAUAUGAAACUAACGAUCGGAGAGUCAGCCGCACCCGGAGCACGUUUUGUUUUGCCAACAGCUAACGACCCUGAUGUCGGAGUGAACGGGCUUCAGGACUACGAUUUAUCUCCAAAUGAAAAUUUCAUAUUAAAAAAACAUUCAAAUACGGAAGGACGCAAAUACGCCGAGAUGGUGCUUGAAAAGCCUUUAGACAGAGAGCUAAACCCAAGUUUAUCCUUAAAGCUGAUAGCCGUGGACGGUGGAUCUCCACAGAAAUCUGGUAUUGUAAAUAUUGAUAUAACAGUUCUAGAUGCAAAUGAUAAUCCUCCAGUUUUCAAUCAGUCUAUUUAUAAAUCCAGUGUCAUUGAAAAUGCGGAAAGAGGCACGCACAUCGUCACAGUGAAUGCGUCUGAUGCAGACACUGGUUCCAAUGGUCUGAUUUAUUAUUAUAUUUCAAAAAUGCAAGGCAACAUUAACAAUGUUUUUGAAAUAAAUAAAACAACAGGCGCGAUUUUCCUCUCUGGACAGGUUGACUAUGAGCAUUCAAAGAAAUAUGAAAUUAGAAUUGAGGCAACAGAUCAAGGAGCUUUAACAGACUCUAGUAAAGUCAUUGUUGAAGUGAUUGACGCAAACGAUAACGCACCACUUAUUAAUGUGAUGUCAUUCACUAGUCCUCUGUCAGAAGACUCCCCUCCUGAUACAACUAUAGGCAUUAUUAACGUGAAGGACCUUGACUCUGGAGAAAAUGGAUUUGUAACAUGCAGAAUAGAGGAAGAGUCGCCUUUUAAGAUUAAGUCUAAUUUAAGAAAUUAUUAUACUUUAGUGACGGAUUCUGUGUUAGACCGUGAAAGUGUUUCAGAAUAUAACAUUACUGUUGUUGCUUCAGAUAAUGGAGUCCCUCCUCACUCAGCGAAGAAGAAAUUUACUUUAAAGAUCUCUGAUGUGAAUGAUAACGCUCCAGUAUUUGAGAAAAAUCCGUAUGACGCUUUUAUUGUUGAAAAUAAUUCACCGGGAAUUAAUYUGCUGACAGUAAAAGCGACAGAUCCAGAUGCAAACCAAAAUGCACGUAUAUCAUACCUGCUGGACGGAAAUGACGUAGGAGGAUCCCCGAUGUCUGAAUAUGUUUCUGUAAAUGUAGAAACAGGAGUGGUCCAGGCAGUGCGCUCUUUUGAUUAUGAACAAAUUAAAGAGUUAGUUUUUGUUGUCAAAGCUCAGGAUGGAGGCUCUCCUCCACUCAGCAGCAACGUAACAGUGAAAAUCCUGAUCCAGGACCAGAACGAUAACCCUCCUCAGGUUCUGUACCCGGUGCAGACCGGGGGCUCUGUGGUGGCUGAGAUGGUGCCUCGUUCAGCAGAUGUGGGCUAUCUGGUGACUAAAGUGGUGGCUGUUGAUGUGGACUCUGGACAGAACGCCUGGCUCUCCUAUAAACUGCAGAAAUCCACAGACAGGGCGCUGUUUGAAGUGGGCUUACAGAAUGGAGAAAUCCGAACUCUCCGUCAGGUGACUGAUAAAGAUGCUGUGAAACAAAGACUGACUGUUAUAGUGGAGGACAACGGGCAGCCGUCUCGUUCAGCUACAGUCAUUGUUAACGUGGCGGUGGCGGACAGCUUCCCGGAAGUGCUUGUGGACUUCACUGACUCUCCACACGACAAGGAGUACAAUGACACGCUGACUUUUUACUUAGUGUUGGCUCUGGCUGUGGUGUCCUUCCUCUUCAUCACCUGUUUAGUGGUUAUUAUCUCAGUCAAAAUCUACAGAUGGAGACAGUCUCGCAUCCUKUAUCACUCCAACCUCCCUGUCAUUCCAUAUUAUCCACCACGUUACUCAGACACUUUGGGGACAGGGACUCUCCAACAUGUGUACAAUUACGAGGUGUGCAGGACGACUGACUCCAGAAAGAGUGACUGUAAAUUCGGGGUAGCUGCGAGUCAGAACGUGUUGAUAAUGAAUCCCAGUUCUACAGGAACCAUGCAGAGAAUCCAGAGUGACAAGAACCUCCUGGAUCAGCCUGACUCUCCUGUAGAGGUUAGUUUUUAACUUUAGCUGCAUUACCUAUUUUUUUUUUUUUUUUUUUUUUUUUUUUUGUCUUGUUUGGAAGACUUUCUGUUUGUGUGCUUUGGGUUUUUGUUUCAGCACCAUGGACAGUGAGUUUUCAGGCAUUGCUAAAUAAAGCUCCUAAUAGAUGAACAACUAUUAUCUGUACUACAGUGUUUCUAUAUCAAUUACUGGCAUGGAUUUUGUUUAUUCAUUUUUAACAAUUUAGUUGUGCAUAGAUGUAAACUUGUGCUUUAGAUUAUAGUCUUAAUACAUAAGCAAUUAUUUACCAUUUAAACAUAGUGUUUCCUAUUUCAAACAUUUCCAUUAUCAAUACAUUUAGGAUGGUCAGACAGUAUUUAUUGGUCAGUGAUUAAAGUUGGAGAUGGUGGCCCUUUCGCUACACCUGCUCUUUUUGUUGUUGUUGUUCUUUAAAAUUGUUGUUCUUCAUUUCUUGGUGUUCAUUUCCACACCAUGAACAGCACGUUUUCACGUUUGUUAAACAUUCUCCAGAUUGAAAGUUGUCUGUGUGAUAAUGUUUCCUUGACAAAAACAUCCUGGACCAACCUGAUUCUCUUGUAGAUUUUAGAUUAUAAUUUUUGCUGCUCUUGUGUUAUUUAUUUUUAUGUGCUUCUAUAUGCUUUGGAAUUUGUUUCAGC